GAAAUAGUACGGAAAAUGUAUCGAUUAAGUGUGGUUCUCAGUUUUCUGGUAGCAACAUGUGUUGCGGAGAGAAAAUUUCCGCCAGGAUUCAAAUUCGGGGCAGCAACAGCGGCCUAUCAGGUGGAAGGUGCCUGGAAUGUUAGUGACAAAUCACCAAGUAUAUGGGACACAUUUACCCAUGACAAUCCAGGUGUUAUCGUCGACAGAUCGAAUGGUGAUGUGGCUUGUGACUCGUACCACCUGUGGGAAACAGAUAUAGCUGUAGCCAAGGACCUGGGCCUGCAUUUUUACAGAUUCUCAAUAUCAUGGCCCCGAUUACUUCCCAACGGCCAUUCCAAUUAUGUGAGCGAAGAUGGGAAACGAUAUUACAACAAUUUGAUAAACGGUCUAAUUGCGAAUGGGAUUGAACCAGUUGUCACUUUAUACCAUUGGGACCUACCACAAAAAUUGCAGGACUUGGGUGGUUGGACUAAUCCUGAACUAGCGAGGUUCUUUGAGGAUUACGCGAAAGUCGCCUUCGGUCUUUUUGGAGACCGGGUCAAGACUUGGAUAACCUUUAACGAGCCGGUUAUCAUCUGCGAUGUUGCGUAUGAAACUGGUGGACUAGCACCCGGCAUCGCUCUACCUGGGAUUGGAAAUUAUAUGUGUGCUAAGGUUCUGAUGUUGGCUCAUGCGAGAGCUUACAGGCUAUACGAUAUGAAGUUCCGGGCGCAGUAUCAGGGAAAGGUUGGUCUAACGAACCAACACCUCUGGUGUGAACCAAAGAACUCUGACGAGGAAGAGAAUACAGAGCUUAUUCGGAACGUGUUUGGAUUAUUCGCUUAUCCUAUAUACUCGAAAACUGGUGGUUGGCCUGCUAGUGUUGAAAAAAGUAUAGCCGAGAUAAGUGAAAGAGAAGGAUAUAGUCGAUCUCGCUUGCCCUCAUUCACACAGGAAGAAAUUGAAUUUAUUAAAGGUACAUAUGACUUUUAUGGACUUAACUACUACACUUCGCGAACCGUUGAGACUGCUGAGCAAGGCGUGAAGCUGUCCUGGCCAUUGACAGGCAGCUGGGAAUUCGGUCUGGCAUUAUCCACUGAUCCUAGCUGGAAGGCUGGCCAUGCGUGGCUGAUUAGCUACCCUCCAGGUAUUCGCCGUCAGUUGCGUUGGCUGAAGGAGAAGUUCGGAAAUAUUGAAUUCAUGAUUCUCGAGAAUGGGUAUUCCACCACCGAACCCGUUAUGUAUGAUGAGGGAAGAGUAAACUACUACAAGGACCAUUUGGAACAGGUGCUGCUUGCUAUAAACGAGGAUAAAGUCAAUGUAACGGCAUACACUGCGUGGAGCCUUAUUGACAACUAUGAGUGGUCUAGUGGAUACACGUCAAGAUUUGGCUUAGUGAACAUUGACUUUAACGAUCCGAUGCGCAGGCGCACCCCUAGAGCUUCCGCCCACUAUUACGCGGCUGUGAUAAAGAGCCACUCACUUGAUCUUCCUCAUCAUUAGUCGAUGUAACCUUAAAUUGAACAUUGGGUGUCUACAAAGUAUAAGACUGACCUUUAAAUUCCUUUUGUCUCUCUACUAAGGUGAAAUUUAUGAUAUGAUGUUAUUUAAGUGUUAAAUUAUAUCAAUUGUUAUAAAGUAAAUAAUUCUAAAUU